AGACUGUCAACAGUCUGAGGAGGGACCAGUGUGAUACUAGCUGAUGAAUAAACCUUGAUGUUUUGUUUCUUAUUCCUUUUCUCCAACAUCUGGAAUGACCUCCUGUAAAGUCCUGAAAUGACGUACGUUCGUUUGCUGGUUUCAUCUUACCGUCCUAUUACAAUGGUCCAAAGUUUUGGAAAGUCUGAUGAGCUCCGGUGCCUAUUUGCAGGCCAACUAUAAAUAGUGCGAAGGCUUACGCCUGCUCCUGUUUGAUUGGAAAUCUCCGUGGCUGAAGUCAGUGCUGCAGGGUUUCUGUCCAGGAGGGAACGCCGAGAGAAGAGAGCCCAUAGAAGAGAAACAUUUUUUUUCUUUGGGAAUCCUGGAUGGACAAUGGGUUCACGGAGGAUCACAACUCGCUCUGCCUCAUGGAACGGCAGGAUGGACAACGGACACAGCAACGGGAACGGCCGCCCCGCCGCCUGCAGCUACAUCUCUAAUGUCAGGCCAGAGACCAGGAGCACGUUCUGCAGCGUCAUGGCUCAGUUGACUGAAGAAACGCAGCCGUCUUUUGAAACAACCCUGAAGUCGAGAGCCGUGUCAGAGAACUGCAACGUGAAGUUCUCGUGCGUGGUCACAGGACACCCCGUCCCUCAAGUCACCUGGUACAAGGACGAUGUCCAGAUGGACAGAUACUGUGGACUUCCUAAAUAUGAAAUAUUCCGGAACGGGCAGAGCCACACCCUGCACAUCUACAAUUGCACCGUGGAAGACGCAGCCAUCUACCAGGCCUCAGCCAUCAACACCAAAGGUAUCGUGUCCUGCUCCGGUGUUCUGGAGGUGGGGGAAAUGAACGAGUUCAAGAUCCAUCAACGUUACUUUGCCAAGCUGAAACAGAAGGCCCAGCAGAGAUGUAAAGAAGUCGAAGGCAAAGAAAACCAGGAGCUGCUGCGAACCAUCAGUCCAGACCGGACACAGAGGAAACGCCGCUCUACGAUGGAGGGUCUUCUCAGCAGCCCGGGGUCACAGGAGGAGGUCAGGGAGGAGAGCCUUCGAUCUUUGGCUGUGAAGAGUGAGAGCGACGUCAGGUUACAGCCGGCCGCCACCGAGGGCACUGAUGAGCAGAAACCUGUCAUGAACGGACAAGACAUGAAUGAAAGUGGAAACAAGGGAGGGUCGUUCAUUCAUGACGCCGCUCAGAAAAUGUUCUCUUCACUCCAACCUAAAAUUCCCUUCGUCAAGAAGAAGAUUAAGAUUUCUAACAAAGCCAUGUUUUCCAAACCAGAACCACAGAAUGAGAAGACGACUGAGGAAAAACAGCCCAAAGAUGGACCUCCUGCUGCACGGUCCUACAAACAUCGUGUUAAAACGACUGAGACGUCAGACGUCAAGAUGGAAGUAGAGCAGAUUCCUGGUCCACGGACUGUGGGAACACGUGUGAGAACACAACAGAAGACGGCGGCAUCUGACGUCACUGUACCAACACCUGUGGAGAGGCGUCCGAAGGAUGAACGUGCACGUGUUGUGUCUCCAAAAACUGCUGCUGCUGCUGCCUCUAAACCUCAGGGUGUGUCAGGAGCUAAAGAAGAACCGGCUAAAAGGCUCGAAGCUAAGGUUGGACCUAAAGGACCAGGAGAACACUGGACAAAGAAACAACAUUCUGUCUCCGACCUUAACGCCCCGUCAUCACGGCCACCGAGACACACUCUAUCAAAACAGAAAAGUUUGAGAGAGGAUGUUACGGACAAAGACGUAAAGAGUGCAGUCAUGGAUGUUGAAGUGAAGACAGAAACCUCCGCUGGUGGAUCGUUACAGAGCAGGAACCACAGGUCAGAGGACGGACACAGCGAAGGUGAGACUUCAUCUGAGCAGACCAGAGAUCAGCUGACGGAGACGCAGCCCGUCCCGUCCAGCGAGACAAAGACGAAUGAUGCAGCUGUCGACCUGGACUUUCCCUCCAGCACAUCUGAGUCCAACACUCUUCAAACCAAAAAGACUGAACCAGAAACGUGCAGAGACAACACGCAGCGCCCGUCUUCACGCCGUGGCGUUCCACCAGCGAUUAUCACCGCGACAGAGGACAAAAAAGAUGGUUCCUGGAAAACAGAUGAAAGUGGCACAGCCUUGUUUACAAACACACAGACGUCAGAGCUUGGAGGUCUUGGAGGUCUUGGAGGUCUUGGAGGUCUUGGAGGUCUUCUGGACACAAACCUGGAAUCAGAUGUUCCACCACCUGCAGAGAAAAGUCAAAGAGAUUCAGUGGAAAGUUCUAAUCAAGGCACAAAAAUGCAAGUUGAUGAGAAGGAAGAGAGUACGUUCCUGUUAUCAGGAACGGCUAAAGCUGAGGCUCCCAACCAAGAGGUUGAAAUGGAGACAGAAACUGCUGCUGAAGAGGUGGAUGAUCAAGUCAAGACUACCGUUGGUAAGAACACAGACAUGGACGCCGAAGCUUCUUGUAAUGAGAAGAACGUGAAGUUGUCUAAAAAGGCUGAAGACGGUCCUUUUAAAACACAGAUUCUGGAGGCAAACGUUUCAGACACAACCAAAACCUCACCAGAGCAAACUGGAGAUUUGAUAGAAAUUCCAAAACCUGUUUCAAAAGUCAUAUCCGUUGCUGAACUUCUAAGAUCACAAAUAAAAGCACUGGAGCUCACGUUAGCAAAGUCAGCCCCCGCCCCACCGGAGGCGUGUCAGGGGUCGAGAACUGAUGACGGGAAGAACGACCUGAAGACGUCAACGCCUGAGAGAACCAUCAAUGACGAAGCUCCUCCCACUAACAUAAAGGCCACACUAAUGGAGGUCUAUCAUCUCAUCAAUAAGGAUCCGGUCCUGAGUCAGACUUUACUCCGUGUCCCUGAUCUACUGACACCAGUUGUUAAAGAGACCACAGACACUGGUCAGGACUCUGGAACAUUACCUCUGGUUCCCUCUGAGAUCCGUCCUGCUGUGGUAGUCAACGGGAUUGACCAACCUGUGUUUCCUCCCACCACCUGUAAGAACGUCCUGGUCCAGGAAAUUCUACCCGUUUCAGACCUGCCAGAAAUCAGUCCAAAAUCUGGAGAUUUAAUAAAAGUCAGUGUUGAGGAGUUAGAUGGGACGAAGCAGCCUCAGCACGAACCUUCACCUGGUCCUUCACCUAGUCCUUCACAUCAACCUUCACCUCGUCCUUCACACGAACCUUCACACGAACCUUCACCUGGUCCUUCACAUCAACCUUCACACGAAUCUUCACCUGGUCCUUCACAUGAAUCUUCAAAUGAACUUUCACCUGGUUCUUCACAUGAAUCUUCACCUGGUCCUUCACAUCAACCUUCACAUGAACUUUCACCUGGUCCUUCACAUGAACCUUCAAAUGAACUUUCACCUGGUUCUUCACAUGAACCUUCACCUGGUCCUUCACAUCAACCUUCACCUGGUCCUUCUCAUGAACUUUCACAAGUUAAAAAAGAGGAUGAAAUUCAAACGUUUACUCCAGAAAUUAUAUCUAAUGACAAAGCCAAUUCCGAUCUGGAUCUCCACGAGGUGGAAGAACCUGGUAGAAAGACAGUUCCUCUGACGAUGGAGCUGAAGCUUUCACCUCCGAGUGUCUCCAGUUCAGAUCUGCAGCAGAAUCAGAAUCCUUCUCAGCCAGACAGCAUCAGUCUGGUGGAGCUGUCCGUCGGUCCGACUCCUGAGGCCAGUCCACUGUUGAAAAAAAGAAACUGUGUUUCACCUCUUCCCUCUGCUACUCCUCAAGAGCUAGCCUCCGGCGCUCGUCGCAAAAUCCUAACCUGUAAGACCAAAAGUGAGGACGUCACAGAGGCACCAGCUCCUGUUGAAAACCAGGAUCAGAAAAAAGAGCUUCCUGUCCAGAGCAGCAGGCUCUCCGUCAGUCCUAACGUGACUCCCUCAACGUCGCCCAGUCUGGCUCGGAGGUCGGCUCUGCUGCAGCCUCCUGCAGGCAGAGCUUCUCCAGUUGAAAAGCGCUCUCCUCUUCUGAACAGGAGGAAGACGACGCUGGAGACGCCAAACCAGGAGUCCACCGAGAAGACGCUCAACCUGCAAACUGAAGAAAAGCCUCCGGAGAAGACCAGAAAUGACCCAUUCAAAGCUCCUCAGGUUAUUCGCAAAAUCAGGGGUGAAUCCUUCGGCGAUGCCUCAGGACACCUGAAACUCUGGUGUCAGUUCUUCAAUGUUCUGAGUGACUCCGUGAUCAAAUGGUACAAAAACGAAGAGGAAAUCACUCGGGUCAAAAGAACUGCAGGGGACGAGACACCCGUCAAUCUGGCUGUUGUUCAAGCGUCGUCCAGAGACACUGGUGUUUACGGAUGUGUCAUCACCAACGAAUACGGCACGGACGCCACAGACACCUUACUGAGUGCAGACAUCUUGGCAGGAAUGUCCCUGCGAGAGGACAUUGGAGUUGGAGAAGAAAUUGAAAUGAUGCCCCUAAUGUUCAACAAAGGUGUUGCAGACUGUGGCGUGUGGGGCAACAAAUUUUUUGGUCGUAUCAUGAUUCAAGAAUCACAUAUCGGCGAUGGCUGCUCUCACAAAGUCUGGAGGGCAAAGGUCAUUUAUGGCCUGGAGCCCGUGUUUGAGUCUGGCCACACGUGUAUUAUCAAAGUUCGCAACCCCAUCACGUACGGAGGCAAAGGAGAAGGUGGCCUCGUGGAAAGAAACCUGGACAUCAUCAAACAGGACUGUAGAGUUCAGAAUCUGGCUCGUGAAUAUUGUAAAAUAUUCUCCGCCGAGGCGAGAGCUAUAGAAAACUUUGGCCCCACCCUGGACGUGCUGCCGGUUUACAUGAUCUACAGACCAGCCAACACCGUGCCCUACGCCACAGUGGAGGCAGACCUGGCAGGAGUCUAUCAGAAAUACUGUGACCUGGGUCAGGCUGGCAGGACACAUGUGAGGACCGGCUCUGUGGUGGAGCAGAAAUGUUGUGCCCUGCAGCACUGGAUCUAUCAGUGGACCAGUGGGAAUCUGCUCCUCACUCGCCUCGAAGGCGUUGACACGAAGAUAACAAAUGUUGGGCUGUCAGUGAAAACCACAGGGCAUCACUGUGUGUCUGCUGAAGGGAACCCCAAGGUUUUUGAGCACUUUGUCUCCCAGCACCAGUGUAACUAUUUCUGUGGUCUCCUUGGCCUGAGGUCUCUAAAGGUCACGGAAUCUUUAUUGACGCCAUCGAAGCAAAAGGUUUCCAAGAGUCCAUUACUUCAACGCAAGAUGGCUGCUGGCUCCUCCAGCCCUCAGAUGGGUCGGAAAGCUGCUGGCAGUCCCCGAGUGCCAAGAAAGUCUGACCCAGAAGGCAGCAGAACCCCUCCUAAAGAAAAGGCCUCUGAACAGACUUAAGAUCCUAUAACACAAACUAAAAAAAAAAAAA